CUUUCAGAUACUUUUUGGCGCUUGCCUUGAACGGAUGUCGUUGGGGUUUUUCAUACCCAACAGUAAAAAAAAUCGAAACGUGUCAACACACAAUUCUCUCUCGAUCGCGCUCGCUCUCUCUCUCUCUCUCACUCUGUCUCUUUUUCUGUUAUCCACGCGCUGUGUAUUGAUACAAGUGUUAGCAUUGUAGCUGUUAUCAGUUUUAUCAGCAACAAAAACAUAAUUCAUCAUGACGGAGGGCAUGAAUGUACCCACUUCCAGUGCCGAGGUGCCGUUCCGGAGCAAUGAGCAGAGAAAGCAAUCCUUCAUCCAAUCCGGCGGAUUAAUAGGAGUCAUCGAUGAGGGCACCAAGACAAUCGGAUUUUCCAUCUACACAACGCCCGAUUUCAAGGAGAUUGCGGCGUAUAGUGUGGAGUUGAGUGUGAUAACGCCACAGGAUGGCUGGUAUGAGCAGGAUCCCCUCGAAAUGAUGUCAUCGAUCAACAUAUGCGCCGAGGAGGCCAUCAAAAAGUUGCCAGAUCUGGGUUACAGUGCCAGCGAUAUUGCCACCAUUGGCAUUACGAAUCAACGGGAGACGACCAUUGUCUGGGAUGCGGUUACAGGGAAACCUCUGUACAAUGCCAUCGUGUGGAAGGAUAUACGCACAAGCGCCACCGUCGAAAAGAUUGUGGCCAAAGUGCAGGAUCCCAAUCAUUUCAAGGAGCGCACAGGUCUGCCCAUUUCCACUUAUUUCUCGGCCCUGAAGAUUCGCUGGCUUCAUGAUAAUGUGUCUGAAGUCAAGCAGGCAAUCAAAAAGAAACGCUGCAAAGCUGGAACAGUUGACAGCUGGAUCGUCUGGAAUCUGACCAAUGGUGCACUGCAUAUCACGGACGUGACGAAUGCCUCGCGCACAAUGCUCAUGAAUCUGGAGACACAGAACUGGGAUCCGGUGCUGUUGAAAACCUUUGACAUCCAGGAGGACAUGUUGCCCCGCAUCCACAGCUGCUCGGAGAUCUUUGGCAAGAUCACGUCCGAUCGCAGUGCCUUGCGGGGAAUGACAUUGAGCGGCAUUUUGGGCAAUCAGCAGGCAUCGCUUCUUGGCCAGAUGUGUGUGAAGCCGGGACAGACAAAGAACACUUAUCGUUCCGGCUGUUUUCUGCUGUGCAAUACGGGCGAUACUCCGGUCUUUUCCAGUCACGGCCUGCUCACAACAAUUGCCUACAAGUUGGGUCCAAAUGCACAGACUACGUACGCGCUGGAGGGAUCUGUUUCAGUGGCUGGACAUGCGCUCUCCUGGCUACAGAAUAAGGUGCGUCUGCUGCCGGACUCGAAGGAGGCGGAGAAGUAUGCGGAGGCAGUGCCAACGGCGGGAGAUGUUUACUUUGUGCCCGCCUUUACGGGAUUGUAUGCACCCUAUUGGAGUCAGAAUGCACGUGGCAUCAUCAUUGGCCUGACGCAGUUCACCCGAAAGAAUCACAUUGUGCGUGCGGCACUCGAGAGUAUCUGCUUCCAGACGCGGGACAUAUUGGAGUGCAUGCAUCAGGAGUGCGGCUAUGAGAUCAAUAAGAUCCAUGCCGAUGGCAAAUUGACCUCAAAUAGUCUGUUAAUGCAGCUUCAAGCGGACACCGCUGGACUGCCCAUAUUCCGUUCCCAAUUGAUGGAUUCCACGGCCUUUGGUGCCGCCAUGUGUGCCGCCCAAGCGGAGGGCAUCAAUCUCUGUAAAUUUGAGCCGGAGAAGCGUUACUAUGAGAACGUGCACUAUGACACAUUUCUGCCCACGACAACGGAACAGGAGCGUGAGGAACGCUACGGGAAAUGGAAGCGGGCGGUGGAGAGAUGUCUUGGCUGGGUCAUCAAACAGAAGAAGACCAAAGAGCAUACGGCAUUCUAUCAUCGCAUGCUCUCAUCGCUGCCCGCCAGCAUCUUCCUCAUGACCAGCUUCGCCAUGUUGGUGCAUUCGGUAAACGUUGUUAAUCCGUAAAAUGGAAGCUCUCUAGAUCCUCACUGCCAAUUAACCUGGAGGUGUUCCUUGAACAAAAUUUCCACCAUGCUUUCCAUGACGUGUGCAUCGAUCUUUUCGGUUGUGAUAAUGAUUUACUUUCUAGUGAUUCACCCUAAAAUUGUAAAUAGUUGAAGAUGAUGAUAAUGAUCCAUGUCCAAAAAAGUGAAGAAUUUGUAUAUAUUUACGUAGUUAUCGCGUACUUAUCUUAUCGUGUUGUUUCUGUGUUGCAAACUUGCAAAUACUUAUAAAUACUUAAUUCGGAUAUUGUAUAUAGCCCGAUGUGUCUACUUAUAUUCAUUAAGUUGCUGUAGAAAACAAAACAAAUAUAUAUAUUUAAACAGAGUUUCUUGUACUUCCUAAAAACAGGUGCUUCACAAAUCAAUUGUUAUGAUUAAUAACUACUCCGAAGUACAGUAAAUAUAUGCUAUAAAGAACACUCGACUCCUAUUCCUUUACGAAAUUAAUUCAAUAAAUUUAUUUUGUUAGAAA